GCUAUGUUCAAAAAUUUGUGGAAAAAGAGGCGGCAAAUGUAUGGAUCCGCACUAGUAUAUUCAUUCAAGGCCAGCAACACCUGCUAGAGCGAGGCAAUCAAUGAGAAAUGCAGGUCUGACGGAGGAAUGCAUGGAGGCCACCUUCCUUGUUUUGCCCGGCCAUUUUCCUGCACCCUUCUCCUCGGUGUUGACGAGACAUAAAUUCUGCCGUGUUAUCACACCAUUUGUUUAAUCCCAUACUGACAUACACAUGAAAGUUACAUCAUGGAUUGCAUGGACCCGUCUUUAUCUACAGUAUCUUACAGGAAUGAGGCUGCCUGAAGAACCAGAACCAGAACGAAGGAAAGAAAACCAGAACGAACGCUGGUGCUGAAAAAUCUGAACUUCUGAAGGGAGAGACGAAGAUGAAGGGCCGCACCGUGCUGGUUUUGCUCGUUGUCGUGUUCGUCGGGUGGAACCUGUUGCUCGGAGCCUCGGUGAAGUCCUCAGACGCGGCCUAUGGAACCGUUGAGCUAAACGGCAGGAGGCUAAAGGAAACUAGACAUACCAUUACAAGCAGAAGCCUUCAAGACGUAAGGACUGAUGACUACCGACCUGUUGACCCAACUCCAAGCUCCAAGGCAAGUAUCAGGCCAGGUCCAAUUGAACAUGGCGCUCCUGCUUUUCCUUAUGUGCCAGGGUACCCGCCUCCUGCCCAGGGUCCUGCUUCUCCUGGCGCUUAGCUGCAAACCCAAAUGCUCCUAAUGCGAUACGUGGAAUUAGAGAACACAAAGUCUUCUGUGAUGUUCUAUUAUUCAGGUUCUGCAGUGUGUCAAUCAUAUGUUUGAUUACCCUCAGUGCUUGAAUGGUGCUGUGUGUUCUUUGAUGUGUGCUGUGUGUUCUUUGAUGUGUGUCUGUGUGUGUGGAAUCGUAGUGUUUGUUCUCUUUUUUUCGGUGGUCAUUUAGGCAACUUCUUAAAUAGUGAGUGCAUGCUUCUAGUUUGGAUUGGUAAUAGAAUUUCUCUGUGCCACCUAGGUAAGCUGCAUAGUUGUUGUCAUGUGUAAGCAAUAUUUCGAUGUGUUUGGCUCUGUAUAUCUUUGAUGUCUCGACUAGUUCUUGACAUAACUUAUUACAGAGGCAGAUUGUAAUUGGUACCAUCUUAAUAUCAAUC